UUUUAAUAAUUCAGGAAUAUUGUAAAUACUAAAGUGUAAAAAUAAAUAAAAGUACCUGUACAUGGUUGUUGAAGAAAUAAGUUCAACGUUUCGGAGGAAGUUGAAAAGUGGAAUUUAAAGUGAUACAGUAAUUGUUUCCCACAGGAUUUACGUUGGCAGGACACAGUCAACAGAAAAGGAUACCCUGGGAGGUGAUUUACUGUAUGUAGGUUAAGAAUACAUAACGACGAAGUACUUAACAAUACGCUACAUAAUAGUAAUAUAGUGAAGUGCUGAAAUAUCGAGAACGUCUCGUGUUUUGAAAUAAAGGAAGAGAUGGCGAGGAAACUGCAGAAGUUCAUCAUUUUGUUUGACAACCCCAACCUGCUGUACUUCCCGGGGCACUUCAUCUCCGGCCGCGUCAUCGUCGAGCUGGAGGAAGACACAUCAGUGUUAGGCGUGUACUUCCACGUGGUAGGGGAAGGCGUGGUUAGAGUGGCAGACAGGCGGCAGCAAGUCUUCACGGAUAAAGAAAACUACAUUGACUUUCGCAUGAGACUUCUUGGCGAACCAGGUCAAGGCCCCAUUCUGCUGUCUCCUGGGAUCCACAGUUUCCCAUUUAAGUUGGGUCUGCCUCUGGGUCUGCCAUCCACCUUCCUGGGCAAACAUGGCUGGGUGCAGUACUUCUGUAAGGCGGCGCUGAGGGAACCCAAUGGUCUCACCCACAAGAACCAGCAAGUGUUUAUUGUCAUGAACCCCAUCGACCUCAACCUGGAGCCUUCCAUCCUCGCACAACCAUUCCACUGUGAGAUCGAGCACAAGCUUGGCAUGACGUGCUUGUCUCAGGGCCCCGUGUCGUGUCGUGUGAGGCUGGACCGUGGCGGUUACGUACCCGGGGAGACCAUCAGUAUAUGGGCACGUGUCCACAACCAGAGCAAAGUUACCAUCAAGCGUACACGGGCGUGUCUCACUGAGACAAUUCAGUACAUCUCCAAGAGCAAGGUAGUGCAGACGGAGACCAGGGAGUUGUCGUCAGUGUCGAGGGGGAAAGUUAAAUCGAAGGAUACAGAUGACUGGAAAUACGAGCAGUUGUAUGUGCCGCCACUGCCACCAACUAACCUCCGAGGCUGCCAUCUUAUAAGAAUACAAUAUGAUGUGUUUUUCAUCAUCGAGCCAAACAACUUGGAGAAGGAGAUCAAGUUACAACUACCAAUUAUGAUGGCCACCUACCCGUACCGCAACUCUGACGGUACACUGAAGAAGAAGAAAGGGGCACAGUACCCCAACAACCUACCCAUCUUUAGGCCCUGGCUCAAUGAAAAGUCUUUUGAGUGAUGUUGUGGACGUGAUUGUAGCAAUAGGAUGCUGUUGCCAGAUGCUGAAAAAUGCAUAAAUGCUCAAUGCUCAGAUUUGCCUUCAAUGCCAUAUAUGCUUCAGUAUUGCUUAUGUAGGUAGUAUUCACUUGAUUGUGUAAACUACAGGUGAAAAACAACUUUGAGAAGGCAAGACUAUACAAAGAUGUAAGAGUUACUGUUUCAAACUGUUUUACAAGAUGAUUAAUUAUGAAGAACAUUAUGAAAAAUUUGAAAAUUUUAGAAUAUGAAUAAAGCAAGUUUGUCUAUUAGUCCAGUGCAAUUAACUAAUUUUGAGAGAAAACCUAGACAUUUAGAAUAACAUGCUGAAACCUUGAGGGUAUGGAGAGGAAACCUUCCUAACUCAUAUGCUAAAAGUCCCCCAAAAUCUGGUCGCGGGUUUUCUCGUUAUCGUAAAAAAAAAAAAUGGCAGCCAUCUUUGAUUUUGGCAUUUGAUUUUUGAUUGCUGCUAGCAGACGAACCGACGGACUUAUCGAGUUUUUCUUAAUGAGUGCUCUUUAAAUCCCAUCUCCUUUUAUUGAUACAAAAUAUAAAUAUCGAAGUCCUUCAAUAAUAAUGUAAUUUUUUUAUUUUUUGUGAAGAUUUAAAAAAAUACAGCGUUUUAUUAUUUACUCUUGCCUAGACAUAGAUAGAAAAUGUCUUUCAAUAAAAGUUGUAGAACAUUUCAAAGUCAAUACAUACUCAUACAAUAUAGAACACCCUGCUUGAGGCAUGCCAAAGAUGUUGCAAAAUACAAAAGAUUUGCAUUACAUAUUUUCCUAAGUAAAGAAAUCUGCGUUGAUGGUUUUUAUUAGCUUAGGGACCAGUGCAUAACCAGAAAGUUUUAGCUUGCUAUUUAAAAAGUUUAGAUCAUAAUGCAAUUACAACAUCCUCUUUUGAUGAACCUCUAAAAAUGGCCUAAAGACAUGCUAUGUAUCUGUGUGAGAUUACUGCACCAUUGGAUGAUGUCGUUCAAUCUAGUGCCUUGCAGAACGUUGUGGAUCAAUCAUAAGCUAAGAUCAGAGAUGGCUGCCAUUAUUUCAUGACAACGAGAAAACCUGCAACCAUUUUUUUUCAACUUUCACCAUAUAAGUUAGGAAGGUCUUCUCCUCAUACAGUACCCUCAAAGUUUCAUCUUGUUCUGAAGGUCUAGGUCAAAUCGUAAUUGCACUGGACUAUAUGUAUUUCUUAAUACGUCUGUAACUGAAGCUAGAAAAUUAUCAUGUGCUUUGUAUAUAUAUGUAUAGAUUUAUGUAUUUGGACAGAGUAUAUUGUGUCGGUAAAGAACAAGUAUCAGAUAGAAAAAUGGUCUGUAACUUAAGUGAGAAUCGAUGGUAUUAACUCGCUAUACAUAAUUAGGAUACUGUAAUAUUUGCUUAUCAUUAAACAUGUAGUCAUCUCUCCUGUGCACUAUUUUUAUCAGGCUUUAUGAACAAGCUUUUCAUAUUACAGCUAGAAUAGUAAAAUACUGUACUGUACUGUCUUAUGUUUUCUGAAUAUUUACUUGUUAUAUUUUUACUUUUAUCAUCUUCGCCACUGAUCGGCUCGUUAGCCGUUUGGUUUCCUGAAUGUAUCUCAUUCAUUAUUUUUAGUCAUAAAAUUGCCUCCAUAAAAUAAAUAUACCUGGUAUGGAAAAAUUAACCUUCAUAUAUUCUUCAAAUCUUAUUUUUUACAUAACCUUUUUAUCGUAAUUUACGAUGUAACCUAAUAUGGCAUGACCAACCGCACAAGCAGCUAACGAGCCGAUCAGUGGCAAAGAGGAUAAAAACUGAAGAUGGCAUCAAGAUACAACAGAAUUUAUCCCAUGGAUGAUAGCAGCGACAAGAGCAAUGUUGAGCCUCAGCUCACUAGGAGAGGCAGGAAAUAGAGAUCAUUCAUGCAUCUACCGAACAAGAUCUUAAGAGGCUCAACAAGCUCGUUGCACUCUGGGAUGCACUUUUAGUUUUGACAAUGUAUUUCUUAUGCCCUCUUCUGAGAACACAAUGUAGGUCAACGAUGUGUCAAAACGUCUUUCCUCACAUCCAAGAAGAUUGUCCGCAUCCUCCCUCAUGAAUACUGAGGAAAAGAAUUUGUCUUGUAUUUAAUUUUGAUUUUGCGUAAUGGUAGAAAACCUUUGAGUUUUACUUAACCUCACUUGCCAUCGCCUCUGGAACUCUUUCUCAGCCCUUCUACACUCUGACUUUGCUUGGUUUCUGGACCUGGCAUAUAUCCUCCCGUCCUGCUCGUCAUUUGUCAUAACCCAUCUCUUGAAUUUCUAAGAUUUUCUCUUAACUUUUUUCAACCUCUGCAUAGUUCAUAUGUAAUGGUCUCCUUGUAUUCCUGGAGACAAUGGGUUUGGACUUGGGUAUAUAUUUGUCAAUCAAAUACAGUAGUUCACACUACUGGCUAUGAUAUUUAACAUAGUGUCUGUGUUCUUGUAUCUCAUCCCGUUGUAGUCGCCUUUGUAAUAUUUGAACCUUGGCCUGCUUUUAUCGUGAACCAAGUAACAGUUAAAUCUGAAAGACAAUGUUACGUGGUGGCUGGUGCCGAUGGGAACUAGAGGUUCCAACUUGGCCACCAUACCCUCCUCGUGAGUUAUGAUGAGGACUAGCGAUUUGGGUGUUUGUUCCCUCUGUAGUGAGUCAGAUCCUUAACAUGUUGGAAUAGAAGAUUGUCUCUCAGAGUUUCUACAAAAAGGAUAGCGGGAUUAUUAAGGUCAUUUGGAGUGGUCCCAUUUCUCCAGUCGAUGCCGCCAUAGUUAAAGUCUCUCAUGACAAGGAGGUGGCUAGGGUUGAGCGCUGUUGCAUUGUCAAUUAAGAUUCUUUGGUUUAAUAAGCUACAAGUUGUGAUCUGUAGAUACAGCGAACAAUGAGUAAGUCUUUUCCCUUUAGUUUAUUUUUAUAUCACUUCGAUUCUUCAAAAGCAUCCUCCCUCUUCACCCUCACCUGGCUGGCUCUAAGGUCUUGCCUAGUAUAGAUAACCACACCCGUCGUGCAAGUUGCCUGAGAAAGGUUUGAAAAUGAGUUAUAUCCCUCAGUAUUGAACUUACAUUCCUCCUCUACAACACCUACUAUAACAGGUUGAUGUGUCUUGAGAAUUGUUUCAGUCUCUGUUUUUUGUAUCAAAGGAAUUUACUUCCAGACGUGCUACAGUUUUAUUCUAGAUUAUUUGUGACAAUAUAGGACCUUUAAAUGUACGAUACCCAGUGUGCAGGUGAUAAGAACCUUUAACUCCCACUACUCAGCUGCGCCUACAUUCCAACAUAGGCCUCCUCAGUGCCUGGUGUGUAGGUGGCUGGGUGAUGAUGCCAACCACUGUAACCUCUCACUUUAUUCUAAGGAAGAAACCACCCUAUUACUGGGAUGACUUCCUUUAUAAACACACCUCCUACUAGAUGUAAUCAAAGCGUACUGUACUAAGAUAUGCGUGCAUUUGUGCCCGAAUGUUAGAAGAAUGUCAUUUAAAAGACACUUAGCUGUCCUGCUGGUCUUGACUUCGUUUGACCAGUGUUGCUGUCUGGGAAAGUUUUUUUUUCUCCCAAAUUGUUUUAUUUAUUUGUUCCCAGUUUUCCUCGACGGGUUGUUGGUAUCAGUAUGUGCUCCUUAAAAGUAAUCGUCGCCACAGUAGAUUUUCCUAUGAGUGGUGGAUCAUAUGCACAAUCACAGCUCUUUAGAAAACAGAGGAAUUUAUUUCUAUGUGGCAUCAAUGUUGUUUCCUCGUUACCUCCAGGCACUCAUCCCUGCUGUUUCCUCUAAUUUAUGCC